AUGGGCUGCACGCAAUCCAACACUGCUCUCGAGACCGCCCCGGCGUCGGCCCCCCGCUCGGCCGCGCCCCGCUCGGCGGCCCCGAUCGCGUCGGCCCCGAAGAGCGCCUCGGAGAUUGUCGACGCGCCGACGUCCGACAUCCCGGAAGCCUCGGCCCGCCAGUACCUCAUUUCGGGCCAGUCGAUCAACGAGCAGGGCAUU